CUCCUCACCCGGCAGAUUGCCUUCGACAAGUACUGUAAGAGGAACAUGACAGACUACAAGCAUGAGGACGUUAUGAAGGCCGCGAAAUUGCUGUUCUGCAAGCGAUCUCGUACUCUCCACCAUUGGCUUAACCCGGAUUUAACGAAGAGGAAGUUGGAUGAUGCAGUGUUGGCAGCCUGGAACGUAUUACCGGACAACGAGAGACGCCUUUAUAUUGCAGAGAUAACCAAUCAUUCAUUCUUAUUCUGCCCGGUUUCGUUGACAUCCCAGACAAGAAAGAUGGUUCAUUCAAAUGAAGAUGUACUUGGAAGAUCACCCCUUGGAGUCUCCAGCCUCAAGAUCAAUCCGCAACUGAACGUGUUGUUGAGGGAACUGCCGGAGAAAAAUCGCGUGACAUCGUGUACCAGAGACAGUGCUGAUGAGACAGGCCAAGCCGUGCAGGAACUUCUUGCUUCUAGUUGUGAUUUACAAGCCUCGUCAUCUUACCCGGAAUCGAAACCUCAAAAUACUACAAAUAUCUGCAGAAAACGCAAAUCACUGCAGUCGCGAAGAACGCCACUUGGGGAUGUUGAUCUCGAGGACCUGGAUGAAGAAACUGGCAUAUUAAAUCGAGAGUGCAAAUUGCAAGCGGAAGCCGAGAUCAAGCUAAAGCAGGAAGUUACUUGUGAAGUUGAAAAAACUCUAUUUGUGCCUGAAUUUAGAACUCAGGAUGAGGAGGAUAACUUCUUGAUAAAGAAUCUUGAUCUAAAAGAUCUGUUUCCUGGUACAGGUUUGUUGUCUGAAACAGAGGCUCUUGUUGAUGAUGAUGUCUGGUUAAAGUAUCUGGAUCCAGAAGGUCUGUUAUCCUACGCAGAUUUGUUGUCUGAAACAGGGGAUCUUGGUGACAACUAUGAUGUUUCGAUAAAUAAUUAGGAUCCAGAAGAUCUGCUUUCCAACGAGGACUUUUUUCCUGAAACAGGAGCAUCGAUUCUCAACUUUGAUUUUUGAAGUCAUAUGCCACUGUUUCACAAAAUUGUACUGAUUCCAGUAUUUUCUACUUGUAGCUGUACAGAACAUUUUUGAAAUUCAAAUCGGGGAAAAUUGGGCAGCUUUUAAAAAAUUUGGUAGGGAACCAAGAAACUUUUUAAUUUGUAUUGAUGGAUGUUUACGAUUUUAGCCUUCACAGGAUUCAAGUAUGAUACCUGUUAUAAUCUAUGUUUGUACAUGACUGCUACCUAAAUUUCUCCACGAUCCUCUUAAAUUUUAUAUGGCUAUAACUUGUCUUCUCUCUUCUGAGAAAUUCGAAAAGCGGCUUUGUCUGGUACGGAAGAUCAACAGAAUAUCCACCAGAAUCAAACUCCGCAUCUUUCGUGCUGUUAUAUGGAUCUGAGACGUGGAAAGUAAUAAAAACGAUUACCCCCAAGCUGCAGACAUUCGUCAACCGCUGUUUGUGAAGAAUCCUAGACAUCCAUUGGCCAGAAGUGAUUUCCAACCAAGAACUCUGGAUAAGGACAGAGGAAACUGAGGGAUCCGUGCAGAUCAAGCGGCUGAAGUGGAAGUGGAUCGGGCACACGCUGAGGAAGGGAAAUGAAGCCAUUGAGAGAGAGGUCUUGGACUGGAAUCCGCAGGGGAGAAGGAAGAGAGGGAGACCCAGACAGACGUGGCGAAGAUCUGUCCACACUGAGGCACUGGAAGAAGGAAAAAGCUGGAAUGAAGUGGCUGUCAGCAGAACCAGGUGGCGGUGCUUUGUUGAUGCCCUAUGAUCCAUGAGGGACAACAGGAGCUGAUGUUGAUGGUGAUGAUAUUGACAACUUGUCUUCACAGACACAUACUCGGAAGUUCGUAAUUUUAUACAUGUGCUGUUAUUUUAUACAGAGUGAGUCAGAAGUAUGUUUACAAACUUCGUGGGCGUGUUCCAGAAAAAAUGAUCCUAUGAACAUGGGGUCGCAAAUGUUUCAUUUUUGAAAUAAUAGUCAAAAAUAAUUUUCAAUGUAUGCCUUUAUUGCCAAGUAUAAGGACAGGGAAGUUUCUUUAUAACAGAUGCUCAAAGGUUGUUCGUCCAUUCCCCACACAUGCACGAGCACGUCGUACACAAGACUGACGGAUUCGUUCGUACACUCCAGGGUUUCCUCGAAUCAACUGCACACAUUCCCAUAGGUCAUCAUUAUUUUUUAUGGGUGUUGCAUAAACGACGGACUUUAAGUCACCCCACAGAUAAAAGUCCAAUGGAGUCAGGUCCGGUGACCUCGGUGGCCAUGCUACUGGGCCACCACGCCUAAUCCAUCGC